GACACCUCUCAGCUUAAACAGCUGCAGGGAAAAACAAAAGACCACCAAUCGUCCUCCUGAACCCCAAUAGAGUGGACCAAAGAACAUCAACAGGUCCUUGAGCAUUGACCGACUGACCAAGCCCCCAGUACUGGCAUACCCCGAUUUCAACCGCUCUUUCACGCUUCACACAGAUGCAUCCCAAAAAGGUCUCAGUGCGGUUCUCUAUCAAGUCCAGGAUGGAAAAAUGAGGGUGAUUGGAUAUGGGUCACGCACACUGAUGCCAGCGGAACAGAUUUAUCACCUACACAGUGACAAACUUGAAUUCUUGGUGUUAAAGUGGGCGAUAUGUGACAAGUUCCGUGAUUAUCUGUUCUAUACCCCACAUUUUACAGCCAUUUCGGAUCAUUCUAAAAUGAUCCGAAAUGGCAGUGCACUUGCAAACAGGAAAAACAUUGGUGGCCCAGGGUGGAUUCGAACAAGGUUCUCCCAGGUGGGAGCCAAGUGUCCUAACCAUUGUGCCACAAGGACAUGUAACAUCAUAGGCCACAUCAUUAUUAUUAUGUAUAUGAGCAGACAGGCUUCCUGAAAGCUGGAAAGUUCUUUACUGCUUCAUCAUUGUGAGAGACACGACUGGCAGCGCACACAGGCUUUGGUAGGAGUGAAUGGUAAGUUGUUUUUAAUGACUGAAAAUUGUUCAAAUGUGUUUAUUCUAAGAAAAAUAAGUAACUGCUUUGCCACAGCGGUCACAUGUCCUCACAGCUACAGCUUGUUAACUGCUGUAGAACAGCCAUGAAAAUAAAUACAGAAGCAGGAGCUCUGCCACUGCGGGUCACAUGACAUGAUUACUCAUCUGCUUGAUGGGCCAUCAAGCAGAUGACCACCUAAAUAGUUAGGUGCUAAACUUAUUGUGAGAGAGAUUGCAGAGGAGCAAGCAGCACAUUGAGAGAGCAAAGAAAGAAAGAAAAUCUUAGUAAAUUUAGCAGUUCCACAGGAACACUCGACGGAGAAAUGAUUCCACCCAAGUCCACAGCAUGUUGCCCAAUAUGCGAAUUUGAGUUUGCAUAUCUAGGCAAACACUUGGCCAGCAGACACAGGGUGGUCAAUAAAGCUGAAAAAAGGCUCUUAUUAAACCAUGCCUCAGGGCGUGUUAAUUACCGCCACCUUCCCUGCCCUGUCCCUGGAUGUGGCUUUUCCAAGUCCCGGGUUGACAGGCACCUAAAGGAGCAGGGCCACCCAGAGCUGGACAAGGCCCAAGUCCAGGAGUUUGUCAAGGAUAUAAAGAGAAAGGUCACCAUGGACGGCUUAAGGGCCCUCAGGGCCUCCAACCCCACCCCGCCCAUGAUGUCAAGCCUAGAUCUCGACCAGGACGAGGAUGAGCUCAUCCACGAUGUUUUAGAUGCGGCAGAGUCCUCCAACCCUUUUUGCUCCACCUGCACCAAGCUCGCCGCCGACAACAAGGCGCUUUGGCGGCAAAUCAGAAUCAAGAAGCGGUGGGCCAAAACAGCAAAGGCCAAAAUAAAGUCUCUGGAGGAGGCUAGAGAUGUGUUGUUGCCGGAAACAAGGAGCAAAGUGAGCAAAUGCAUGUGCCAUGACACUGCCACAGCAGAAAAAUUUUACGCCUUGCACCAAAGCACUGAACAACUUGCGGAGCUCCGCAAGAAGUUCCUACAGGCCACAGACCCGGACGCCCAAGGUUGUAGCGAAGCGGAGGAGCCUCGUCUCCUCACACUGUCAGAGUCGUCGAGUGAGGAUGAGGGCAAGGAGCCUGUAGAGAAAAAGAGGCUCUGAGACACCUUCUGUCUGCAGUCAAUGCUUGAGUGACAUCAUUAUGCAGCCAUGUCCUGGACUCUGCCUGAGGCAAUUCACAGUUAGUCUAUAACGCCUGGAUUUUUAGUCUGCAAAGGACAGAAAUGGACAGUGAUUGAUCCGUAUGACAUUCUGCAGCCAGGGUUGAUUCUUUGGGAUUCUUCCAAUGUUGAUUCUUCACCUCAGUUGUUAUGCAUGUUUUGAUCAAACGUCAUUUUAUCUUAACUGUGAUGUUCAUGAAUAAUAAACGUUAAACACUGGAGAUCUUGAACAUUAA